AUGUACACUGUAGGAGACGAUCCUCACUUCGAUAUUGGGCUUCGGUAUGCAUCUCCAUGCAGCUGGCAUGUACGGAUCACUUAUCUUAAAGUGAUCUCUUGUAGCCAUUGUACUGAGAACAUUUCAUGCAAAUUACUGUAAACUGUAGUCCGGGAAUUUCUGACAUCUGUUUGUAUAAUUAUAAUGUACCCCGGGGAUAUACAGUCUUUGUGCAAUUCAGCUUAAACCUCUGUCCCAAUAGCCCUUCUGACAACAUCUAUUUCAUUGUAUUUAUAUUAAACACUUUUGGGACUGGAAGAGUUAAUUUAACCCUUUCAGUCCCAGUGACCAAAUUGCAAAGUCAAAAUUUAGCGAAAAAAAAAUAUUAAUAAUAAUAAUUCAAAUGCUCCAAAUUUAAGAGAAACAAAAAGCACCAUGACGUAUGAAACUGGUAAGUAGAUUUCUUUUGAAAGGUUAUCUACAAGAUUUCACCCUCAUGACUGCAGCAUGAAUCCUGUCUCCUACCACCAGUGGAAUAUAUAACAUACAUAGAGGAUAUUACAUGGCAGCGUGGGGAUACGAAUUUUAUCUUUGAGUGCUGAAAGUAUCUCUCACGAGUUAGCGAAGCGAAUGAGUGAGAGAUACUUGUGGCAUAACAAAUCAGAGAAUCACAAUCCCAGAUAUAGGUAGUGACACACGUCAUCAGUAUAUAAGAAAUUCUGCACAUGCUCAUUCCACACAUGUCAUUGUGUGGGGAAAGCAGUGGUGGUGUUUUCUAUUUUCAGCUGUUUUCUUAAGCUAGCAAUUACCUAUAGUUACUCAUGUUGUACAUUAAUGUAUUAUUGAUUUGAUUGUCAGCCUACAAUAAGUUAUAAUAACUUGUGUAACUCAUCAUUAAAAGCUUGUUAUGACUUUCCAGGUUUCUUAUGAGGACAUACAAGCUGAUUGAUUCUUUAAAUUGGCCAUGUAGGUUACGUUCAGUUUGCAAUUUCCAUUGUUUUCUCAAGACCUUUUGCAACAAUUAUGGAACCUGAGGCAACAGCAAUUCAGAAAAUCCAAGAUAACGGCAAUCGCCCAGAGGAUUGGCUGGAGUUCCUGUCCAAACAAAGAACAAAGUCUGGCCCAGAUCUUUCCACUGAAACCUGUCAACACUUAAUCUUCCUUUAUGAGAGAGCUGCCACUCAAAUAUCAGCUGAAGACAACAAAAAGAAUUUCUCAUAUGCUCGUCUUCUUGUGGAAUGUGCAAAACUUCAAAUGUAAGGUUCUAAUAACUUUACUUGUUAGUACUAUACUUGCUGCCUGUAAUUAAUGAUCAGUUUAUGGAAUAUUACUGUCAAACCUGUUUUAAGCAAAGCCAUAUUAAUCCCUCACCCUCCAUUAUGUCACUUCUAAUUACUUAAGUCCCAAAGGGUAAUUUUUAUUUUUCUGUUCAUUGCUUUCACCUCUUUUAAACAAUUAACCUGAAUUAUAUAUAAAGCAUUCAGUUGGCCAUUUCCCAAACGUCACACCACUUUACACAAGUUUAAUUUCACCUCACAGUUUAUCAAAAAAGAAUAAUCAAAAUGAAGAUAAUUAUGUAACACAUUUAGCCAUUGUCCCAGUUUUUUAAAAGGUGGAUAACACUAUGAUUUCUAUCCACUGGAUAAAUCACUAUCCACUUUUUAUUAUUAUUUUAUUUUUUGCACAGUAAUUAAAGAAAUUAAAGUCAAAGUACAUGUACUGUCUGGCAACUAUGUCUUGUUUUGACUGGCUAGUCAUGGCGACCUCACCACAAGUGAAAUUGCUUACAGGAUUGUACUAUCAUGUUGUGUUACAGGAGAAUCUCAGAAGAUGAUGCCAGAAGAACAUUCCAGUUGGCAAGAAGCAAUGCAAAGCACUUUGCUAUUGUGUUUGUUGCAUGGGCUCAAUUUGAGCUGUUAUUAGGUUUGUUUUUAAUACGUUACAAUGACAAUGAUAUUUAGAAUUAUAUUAUAAUUAUACCAAGUAGAGUAUACAGUCAGGUAGUUCUGUUUUAAUUGUGAUAUAAUCUUUAAUACUUCUUUUAACUUGUUUUAGUUUUAGCAAAGGUGUUCCUCUUCAUAUAAUGUAAACAUGUGUUCAGUAUUAAAUUAUGAUCACCAUAGCAAUUUUUAUUAUUGGAUGCAGCCGAGUUAUGGUAUGGAAAAUUACCCACUGAUCAAGGAGGGUGUUUGACCAAGGUGGAUAUUAAAAACACCCUGCGAGAUCUGCAUAAUUCUUCAUGUCAUGUCUGAAAGCCAGUUAUAAAAAUUGUUUUAUCUUUCAUUCAAACUAUUUCCCAAUCAGUCAAUAAAACAUGCACGCUACAGUCAUGCUUACAUGAAUAGCCCGCGUUCGAUAUAUUAAGAUUCUAACAUGACUCCAACGCUUUCUAGCCAUUUUUCUAGAUUUGAUUUGGUUUUCUUGGUGCUCAAGUGCCUUCUGGGAAUUGCAAGACAAUGGAACAUGAAAAAUUUGCAACUUUGACCCUUAAGCCUCGAAGUCGUGUUAGAAUUUGUUAGAAUUGAAAUUUUGUUAGAAUAUUGAACGUGGGCUAUUACAACAGCCGCCAAAAAUUAGAAGGAUUUUCUUGUUUUUAUAACAGACAAUUUGAACUUUUUUAUGCUUCAGGGAAAGAUUUUAGGACAGUUUAAAGCUUUCAAAAUUUACAAGGAUUUGUAUGGAAAACCACUCAACCAUGACUGGGUGUCAUGAGUUAUUUUUCUUGUACAAAUCCUUGAAAUUUUUGACGGCUAUUGUGAUUGCUACUUUUAGAGAUAUACCGCUGAAACUUAACAAGUUACCUAAUUUUAAUAUGCUCUUUCAGUUCCUGCUAACUAAAUUUUCCAAAGGUGAACUAUUUUUGUGUUAGCAGAAAGCUGAUAAAGUGUCUGAUCAACUAUUGCAAAAGGACAAUUCAUGCUGGUUUGCAUUCAGAAAAAGGAGACUAAAAUUACUGUAUCCAUCGUCCAUUACAGGAAACAAAAGCAAAUGUAGAGGCUUGCUUCGCAAAGGAAAAGAUUUUGAGGCAGAGCCCAAAGAGUUGCUGUUAAAAGCGUAUGAUAACUUUGUUGAAGGAAAAAAGAUUUUGAUAGAUGACAGAGAGGAGUUGACAGGCUUCACUUACUUUAGAGGCAAACAGAAGAGUAGUGACUCUUCAGUUGAUUCUUCUCCUUUAAGCACAGGUACACCAAUCUAGAGUUAUAACUCGUUUUUCCUAUUCACAUGAAGGUAAACAGGUUGAAGAAAAUGAGAUUCAGCAUUAGAAAGCUGAAUGAUUGGCUUUAACAAGUGAUUUAAUAGUGAACUUAUGAUACAUCAUUUCUGCCUCAUGGGUAGACUAGUAUCUACCACAGGCCAGUGAACAUGUUUGCCAUUUCAAUAGCUAUACAAAAGGAGACUAUGAUUCCCUAGAUGUGGUAAUGGCAUCACUUUUCUACCUGGUAGCAGAGCCAUUUCUCUGAGAUAAAAGGCAAUCUACCUAAGUGUCUGUUAAUUCAAAUAAGCAGUGUAACUGUGUUACCUUGUUGUUUCAUUUUGCACUGAAUUUGUAAAUUGCCAAAAAUCAGUAUGCAACUUAAGUCUUGUAUAACACUGAACUGUAAACAAUAGUAAACAAUGCCACAUUCAACUAAACACCUUCAAACAAUUCAUGUUCAAGAUUUGGUGGAAUGGAGCACAUGUCUUAGUCUUUAAUAGCUACCAGUACUCCACUGUUGUAAUUUUACAACUAAAAUUUGAUUUUUCAGUGAAUUCCCCUUCUGAUUUUCUACAGGUGAGGACACAUCAACAAGCUCUCGAUUCACUGACAGUGGCAGUGCCAAAUUCGCGGACAACACCAGUGCUGUCAUUUCAUUCAAGCUCCCCAGCAUUCUAGAAAGCUGUGGUAGGCAACCACUGAGCAGUAGAAGAAGUAUUAGCAGCAGCAGUGAUGAAGCAGACACAAUUCCAUUCCAGAAAGGUCAUUUUAGCCAUCUUCAGAGGGGCUGUCAAUCUACUCAAAAAGCAUCUGUCAAGUCUACACCAGACGUUAAAUCAGGUGAGUUGGGACACCCUCGGGAUGCGACAAAUUUGUCCGGUCCAUGUCAUAAUUCUAGAGGUGACCGCUUACAUGACUAAAAAAUACAGAGUUUUUAUGGGAGUCAAAAAAAUGGAGUUUUGUGAAGGUGGCCGUAAGUAGAACAGUCCGUUUACAAGAGUGUCCGUUAGGAGAGCUUCCACUGUAUUUUGUAAAGCAAACUCCCUUUUUUCAUCUGACUUCUGACAUGUUAGCCUGACAGUGUAGCAGGUGUUUCGGUUCUUUGUAUUUUUCGUUUGCAGAAGCUGAGCCGAGGUCAAUCAAGAAAACAAGGAGGGAGUGGGAAGGGGGAGAGGAAGAAUAUAGAGAGAAAGAGCAAGGCUUAGAACGUCGGCUUGGAGCUAGGCCUGCUUCCCCUCGCCCCCUCCCCCUUCGUUUUCUUCUUUGACCACUGUUCACAAAGGCUACUGAUGUGUUUUUUUAUGAAAUCUAUUCAAAACUGUAUCAGUCGCUGAGGUUUUUUUUUAGGGCGCCACAGAUAUUCCAGGCGUAAAAAUAUAAAAAAAUAAAUAAACCUGGCAACUUCAAUGUAAAAAUGCUGGGACGCAAGGUGUCUGGUCCAGCGGCUAUUUCCAUAUACUGGUACUAUUUUGCCCUUUGCUCAAACCACCAUUUUGUAAAAAAUUGAAACCGCAACGUUAAGAGUUAAAAACUUACAGGUUCUCUUCUUGUUUCAACGCCUUUCAAUCUGGUAUUUUUAGGGUUGCGUCCUAUAAUUUUGGCAUGAAAUGGAUCACGUGACGCUGAGCUGCAAACGGCUUAUUUAAUUACUGUAAAUCAAACCUGAUUGCACCUGUCUACUCCGCCUUCCUCCGUAGGUAGCAACAGCCUCGCUGCAAGCAUGAAUUUGUCUGUCCGGCGUAACAAGACGAGACGUGACUUUGGUCUGCCAGUAAGGGUGAAGAUGACGCUUCCAUCCGUCAAGGAGCCUGGUGACGAUCUUGACGGUAUCAGUGCGCUGGAGUUAACAGUGGAUGAGUCUCAGCAAAAGAGUCAGCCUGAAAUGAUUUCAGUUGCUCAAGAAGCAGCACCAACCAACGGUAAUUCAUGUGUUGCUUCUACCUGUCAUACUGCAGAUAGAAAAAUCGAUGAAAAGCCCCUUACUGGGAAGUGCCUCCACCCAGCAACGACUCAGAAUCAGUUUAAAGGCAAACAGGACGACUUUGAGGAGAGUGUAUUCACAUCACAAGCACAGGGUAACCAACUUCCUAGUCAGCAGCCAAAUAAAACCUUGCAAGAAGGUUCACAGACAAUUCCAACAAACCCUCUGUCAGCAACCUUAAAUAAUGGCAGCAGAACACAGAAUGAUCAUUCAAGUCAUCGACAAACAUUUCCAAUUCAGCAAAUUCCCACCCCUCAAGGAUCAACUGCACUCGUCUCCAGCAGCUCCAUCGGAUCAAGCGUGCUUCAGAGGCCGAACUCAGGUUCAAUGCCACCCAAUUUGGGGGACAGUGGCUCCUUCAUUCAGCAUCCUAUCCCACAGGCCAACCACAGUGGACAGUUACAAGGGAUCCUGGGCCAGCUUCGUGACAAUGGAUUUGCCUCUGCGUUCACGCCAGAAAUGCAUUUUGUCAACCCAAUGAUGCCUAUUGCACCAAAGGCUCCUCAGGGUAUUAUUGUCGUAAACGGUAAAACUUACCAAAAGUUGGGCACUAUCGGCAAAGGAGGCUCCAGCAAGGUGAGUGCUUUGGGAUCUACUUUACCCCAGAAAUUGUAGAAAUUCAAGAAGAUUAUUAACUUCAGUGUCGCCAAAAAAAUGAAAAAACUAAUAGAAGCAAGGACUGCCGGAGAGGUAUCAUUUUAAUGGACAAAAUGGGUUGCUACUGAAAGUUUUAAUACUGCAUGACCCCAUAUUUAGGACAGAGAGGGAAAAACUCUACCUCGUCUAGCGGCGCGACCCCUUGAUCCCAUAUAGGGGACGUCACGAAACCGUAGCCUCCCACGCGGACGUUUUUUUUUUGCUCGUCACGCAAUCCUCAUCUGCGUGGGAGGCUAACCCAACCCCGAAUAGCGUUUACUUUCCUUAAGGCUACUAUUGUUUGAGAUACUUGAAUUUAUCGCGGAUUUAGGGGACUGGGUAUUAUUUGAGUGUCUUAAGUUUGCAAUUUUUGCUUAGACUUUGCUGACUAAUACAGUAGCCUUCCAGCUGUUUUGUUUUAGGGCUAGUUUGCAUUGCUUACUUCGUUUUUACAUUGUUUUCCCAACCAAUCCCGUGAGGUCUUCUAAGAGCUGCAAGGUCGUCCCCUACUGCAAGUUACAACUGCGGCAACUAAAUUUUGCUGUUUGCUGUAUACUCGCCAAAAUCGCCAAAUUUAGUUUCCACAGGUAAUAGUAGCCUUAGGUUGGUGUUUUUUCGUGUGCGUGCGAUGUCACAAGUACCGAAAUGUAUUCUCUGCACAGGUAUAUCAGGUGUAUGACGGCAAAAGAAUUUGCGCCUUAAAGUAUGUGAACCUGGAGGAAGCAGAUGAUUUUAUCGUUCAGAGUUACGUUAACGAAAUUAAUCUUUUAAAAAGACUUCAAGGAAAUGAUAACAUCAUCAAACUGUUUGACUGGUGAGUACGGUAAUGUUUCUAGUCCUUUCACGCACGCACAGUAAGGAGCUUUAGCAAAGACUUCGGCGACGGCAAGGAGAACGUAAAAAAAAAAAACAACAACAACAACAACAAUAGGUGUAAUCAGCAAAAAACAACUUUGCACGUGUAGCACACUUUUUUUGUACAUUUCUUUGCCAUCACUGCACGUGUACGACGUGAAUUUCCCUCAAGCGACGUUUUGUAGAGGGCGUAAACAUAACGCAACGAACAUACCUCCCUCCUCUUAGGGCCUGUUUACAUGGAGUGGCAGGGACCGCGGAGCAAGGUGAAAAGUGGCAGGGCUGACAAUUGAAAAUAUUUUUUUCAUAUUGAAAAUCGAAAAAACGAAUAAAAUCAUAGUAUUUGAUUUGUUUCUGUCGCGUGACUUUGCAUACUUUAUCCAGUGUAUUUGUUGCUCUUUAUAGGUCGGCCAACAUACACGGUCAGUUCAGAUUCAAUGCAAGAAAAGACGCGAUUACAAUUUAAGUAUAGAAAAUACUACACUGAAGUGAUCUGUAAAAUUUCUAACUAUCGCCGUUCACUGUUCAAGUAAUGUAAUUCUUCUUGCCAUCGAAUAUUUCAUUGAUUCGAAAGGAGAAACUGACAAAAGAUAAAACUUUUAUCAACUCAAAACAACUNGCGUGCGAUGUCACAAGUACCGAAAUGUAUUCUCUGCACAGGUAUAUCAGGUGUAUGACGGCAAAAGAAUUUGCGCCUUAAAGUAUGUGAACCUGGAGGAAGCAGAUGAUUUUAUCGUUCAGAGUUACGUUAACGAAAUUAAUCUUUUAAAAAGACUUCAAGGAAAUGAUAACAUCAUCAAACUGUUUGACUGGUGAGUACGGUAAUGUUUCUAGUCCUUUCACGCACGCACAGUAAGGAGCUUUAGCAAAGACUUCGGCGACGGCAAGGAGAACGUAAAAAAAAAAAACAACAACAACAACAAUAGGUGUAAUCAGCAAAAAACAACUUUGCACGUGCAGCACACUUUUUUUGUACAUUUCUUUGCCAUCACUGCACGUGUACGACGUGAAGUUCCCUCAAGCGACGUUUUGUAGAGGGCGUAAACAUAACGCAACGAACAUACCUCCCUCCUCUUAGGGCCUGUUUACAUGGAUUGGGGGACCCCGGUCUAGUGGGGUUGGUUUCUUUUGUUUUCACGCUCUGGAGGACACAAAACAAAAGAAACCUACCCCACUAGACCGGGGUCCCCCACUCCAUGUAAACAGGGUCUUAAACUUGGGUUCGGUCUCCAAGAAUUCAAUUCCAGGAAAAUUCACCUAAAUUAGACAUUUUCGGCGAGUCGGAAUAAUCGCGACAAAGUUUCGUCGCCGUAGUCGAUGCUAAAGCUCCUUAAAAUUCACUUUUGUGAGCGCGCAAUUUGGUUGACCCAAUAAACCUUUCUUUUCCUUUACUGAAUAGGGAGCUAAGCCAAGAAAAAAGCGCUAUAAUCUUAGUUAUGGAGUGUGGAAGUAUUGACCUUGCGGGCUUCUUGCGAAAAAACCGCAACAAGAUGUCCAGAGGAGAACUGCAAGGAUUCUGGAGGCAAAUGCUGGAGGCUGUUCAUGUGGUCCAUCAACAAGGAAUCAUCCAUAGCGACUUGAAACCCGCCAACUUUCUUCUUGUCGAGGCUCGUCUAAAACUGAUUGAUUUUGGGAUCGCCCGUACAUUGCAAGUAAGUAGUACCACACCCUUCCAGCUUCGAUGACGCAAGACCUCGUCAAGGGACGAGUGAUUUUUUCCCAUAGAAAAGCAGCAACAAUAACAACAACAGUGUGUAUGUCGUGGUUCAGUUUUAAUCUUUAGUUGCAGUUUUAUUUCCCUUUGUUUUAGGUUAUGGUAAUGUAUGAUAACGAGUUUAAAUGAAAGGGAAAUAAAAUUGAAACCAAUCAUAAAAGUAAACCACAACAUACAAAUGUUAAACGACAAGUCGCAUUGGAGGUUACGCGGACAUUCACACGCUCAGCCUCACUGAAUCACAACAAAGGUUUGGAACCAAUUUUUUUGUUGGUUGAAACAGUUGAUCAACCAGGACGCGCAAACAUCUAACCAACCGAAAAUGGCACACCCUAAUCAUUGGAGCCGUUUGAGUUUCUGAGAAAUUGACCACCUACCCCUCCCCUAAACCAAUAUUUUGCCGUAAGUGAGAAGUUUUAAUGUUGACUUAGGGGAGGGGUAGGAGGUCAGUUUCCCAGAUGCUGAUCCCAUCUCUGUGUAUUGUCGUUCGCAAUCAUGUGGGUAAUCGUGUUAUAAAAACAUAAUUCUAAACUUUGCGGCUAAAAACUGGAAGAACUGUGAUUUCAAAUGAAUGUAUGGUUGUCACCGUGGUAAUUUUAAUUUAGGCAAUUGCAAAUUAACCCGAAGAAAAUUUCGGGACUUCAACCGUUAGUUGUUAUGUACCUUCAUUAGUGUUGUCUCAGUGCUGUGGGAGUGCUUGUGUACAGGUUGAAGAGGCACAUGCAAAUAAUUGCAAACCACAUAGUCAUUAAGAUGGGCAGCAACAGCUUUUUCAAUAAGUUUGGAAACAUACUUGAGAUUGGACACACUGAACGAAAGUCAGCAAAAACCUCAGGGUCAGUAUUGGCUUUCUUUAGCAAAGGUCGAAGAAUUGCGCAUUUUAGUUACCUUGAAGUCUCACCAGUAGUAAGUGAUAAGUUAAUAAUCCUCGUAAGCAUAGGUACUAAGGUAGAAUAACACCUGGCCACGAUGGAUGUUGGUAGAGGGUCAAGUGAAUGUUCACGACUUAAUUGAUCCAGACUUGAUCAAAACCGAGUAACUCUGUUAAACGUUAGCGGUUCAAGAAACUUGAAUUCUGAAACACAGCUUGAGCUCAAGCAAUUAACAGGAGUUGUGGUUUUUGUCAUUCCAUUGGCAGACCGGCCACGCGCGAUUUUCCCGCGGAUGCGUUCAAUCUUCAGCACGAAAAGUCAGCAAACGCAUUAGAAAGUUCAGCACCAUUACUGGGUUUUGGAUAGCAAGCUUUAGAGUUCCUCUGCAGAAGCAUAUUCACGGACUUAAAAAUUAUAGAAAAUUGAGCCGGCGGAAAUUUCAUGACAACCUCCCGUGUGAAUUCACUGCUCAUUACGCAUGCAGGAAAGUAGAGCUAAAUCUGAAAUCUGCCACUACCAACGGAUUCAACUUUCAAAUAAUAAAUUCAUUACUGGAAUCUUGGGGGGUACGCUUGACUUGGCUUGACUGUAAUGGUAUACAUGUAAAUGCAUGGGUUUUCUUACUUGACCUGCAGGGAGACAAGACAAGUAUAGAGCUUGACACACAGGUUGGGACGUUGAAUUUUAUGUCCCCAGAAGCCUUUCAAGAUAUUUCUCCUCGUUUUGAUAAGACAGGAAAUGCUAAACCAAAAAUGAAGGUAAGUUUAGAGUAGAGUUUAGUUUUACAAACUACGAGAAACGUAAAUGGAACACGACAUUCCGUUCGGAAAUUCCAACCGGGAAAACGGGACCAUCUUUUUAGAUUUUCCACUUUUUCUGGGAGUUUUCCAGUGGGACGAACCGACGAAACGUGUUCCAUUUACCGCCGAACCGGAAAUUCCGGAAAUUUUGACUUAAUGGAAAGCGUCUCGAGAAGAGCGCGCUCAGUUCUCUAACAGCGGCUGGUAAUAGAGCCAACACGACACUCAGCUUUUUCCCUUCUCUUAUCUGACAAAAGAUUGGCCGACCUAGUGACGUAUGGUCUCUUGGAUGUAUCCUUUACAUGAUGGUGUACGGUCGCACACCGUUCCAACAUAUUACCAACCAUCUUCAAAAGCUGCAAUGUAUUAUGGAUCCUUCUCACGUCAUCGAGUUCCCGGAUAUCAAUGACAAGCACUUAUUAGAUGUCAUAGAGGUUUGUUUAGUAAUCUGUUCGUGUUUUACUUAAUAUUUACAGUGUAUUUAUUUAUUUAUUCAUAUUUGUAUUUAUUUUUAUUUUCUCGUUACAUCUAAUAAUACAGAAAACUGAUCUACUUUGUCAUUAGGUCCUCGCCGCACUCAUUUGUAACCUUUACAUUGUUAGACCGUUAUGGUCAUUCAUCUAAAACAGAACCCGCAGUACGAUUUUUGUCAAACUUUACCAAUUGGCUGUUUAUGUUUUAAAAACUUAAAUUUUGAUAUAUAAUCAAGGGUCCCAUGCUCGUUUAGGAUCAGGAGCAACUUGUACACACCAAAAGAUUCCCUAAAGGGGAUCUGUGAGACGGAGACGCGGUUAAGAGCUUAUUGCGGCUUCGCUUAAUGCACUGCAAGUCAUCUUUGGAUAUCCCAGGAGCAUCAUUUCGGUACGACGAGAUUUUCAUGAGAAAAGUUACGAUUUCAACAAAAAUUAUCUAGUCCUCCAGAAUAGCUGCUUUUGGGUUCCCAGGGAUGAAUACAUGUUUGACCAUAGCUUGGUUAACGGCCGCACUUGAUCUUGUUGAUUUUCAGGGCUGUCUUCGCCGCAGUCCCAAAGAGCGCUACACCAUUCCGCAGCUUUUAGCUCACCCUUUCAUUAGCUCCUCAGCGCAAGGGAAUACAUCCUCGUUUUCAGACCCUUCGGUGGAAAUAGACUCGGACAGAAUGUUUGACUGCCUGAUGGAGUUUGCCAAGGCUGAUGUCAACUCUCCUCGAUCAAUACGAGCUCUCAGUCAGGUAACAAUUUACACUGUAUGAUUUGUAGUGCUGAAAGUUUUCUUAUAGACGUUUUCUCAUAUCAGAAGUUCACAACGGGAUGAAACGUGUAACUCGCGCUCAAUCCUCGUGAAUAUUCAUUGUUUUAAGUACCAUAUUUGGGAACACUCGCUGUGGCCUCAAAAAAGCAAUUGGACAAAGCAAACACAUGAGAGUUGCACUUUUCAACCCCUCAUGAGUUUCUACUCUUACAUAUAGUGNGUUUGACCAUAGCUUGGUUAACGGCCGCACUUGAUCUUGUUGAUUUUCAGGGCUGUCUUCGCCGCAGUCCCAAAGAGCGCUACACCAUUCCGCAGCUUUUAGCUCACCCUUUCAUUAGCUCCUCAGCGCAAGGGAAUACAUCCUCGUUUUCAGACCCUUCGGUGGAAAUAGACUCGGACAGAAUGUUUGACUGCCUGAUGGAGUUUGCCAAGGCUGAUGUCAACUCUCCUCGAUCAAUACGAGCUCUCAGUCAGGUAACAAUUUACACUGUAUGAUUUGUAGUGCUGAAAGUUUUCUUAUAGACGUUUUCUCAUAUCAGAAGUUCACAACGGGAUGAAACGUGUAACUCGCGCUCAAUCCUCGUGAAUAUUCAUUGUUUUAAGUACCAUAUUUGCGAACACUCGCUGUGGCCUCAAAAAAGCAAUGGGUUUAAUAACAACUUUGCGCGUGCAUCACGCUUUUUGUACAUUUCGUUUCUCUGCCGUCACGGCACGACUAUAGGGUGUAAACACAAGACAUGUACAGAGACUUUCUUUUUCUUUUCCUGAACUUAGAUACAGUGUUUAAAAUUCAACUCCAGAAAAAUGUGCUAACAUUUGGCAAACAGAACGAGACAGAAUAAGCGUGAUAAAGUUUGAAGCAGAGCGAACUCACUUUUUAUGACGUUUUCACAGCCGUCGUCGUCGUUAUUGCUUAUUUAAUAAGCUCCCGAUUUUUUUAAGCGGGCGCAGGAACGUGGAGUAAUUUACGUCACGUCGUUGAUGAAGUUUGAUUGGUCAAUAUUUUUUCUUCUCGUUCCUUUGCGAAAAUGAAUAUUCACGAGUAUUGGACAAAGCAAACACAUGAGAGUUGCACUUUUCAACCCCUCAUGAGUUUCUACUCUUAAAUAUAGUGAGCAAUAGUCCGAAAAAUAAAAUAGAGUAGCUACGAAUAUGUUGUGGUUCAAUUUUAUCCUUGGUUUAAAUUUUAUUUUCUUUUGUUUAAAGCUCAUUUUCAUAUAUUAUCAUACCCAAGAACAAAAGAAAAUAAAAUUUAAAUGAAGGAUAAAAUUAAAUCGCAGCAUUCAUCUAAUGACUACAGAACAGUUGGAAGAAGAUGGUAGAAAGCCCGAAAACAACAUUCGUAAUUAGUUUUGUUGCCAAACAGACAUCUGGUUUCAAAAACCUCUUUUGACAUGUGUAAGCAGCAAAGAAAGUCCACUGUCGCCGAGGGCUGGGCCGAGUAAGGUCUGGGGUUGAGGCUUAACUGUUAGUGUUUUAUUAUUCACCAGAGCUUCCUUAAACAGCUGCGUGCUGGAAAUAAAAUCAGUGUCUCAUCAGCUGUACCUGGCAGGCACCAUAUUCAUGUCAACUCUCAGCAUGCAGUGCCAUCGAUUCAGGUCCCAGGCCCUGCACUCCGUCAGCCGUUGGCUGGAAUUGACGUUCAAGCAUUAAGUCAGGCACACAAUGCAUUGAAACCGCCUCACGUGUCAGGGAACGACAAGUACAUGAGAUGGAACACAAUUGAACGUGAUAAGGUAUUUUAUUAACGUUUGUAAGUCGCGUUCUCUCUGUAAAAGACUGCUUAUAAAGUAUUCAUAUUGUAGCUAAUAGACAGAUNGCCGAGGGCUGGGCCGAGUAAGGUCUGGGGUUGAGGCUUGACUGUUAGUGUUUUAUUAUUCACCAGAGCUUCCUUAAACAGCUGCGUGCUGGAAAUAAAAUCAGUGUCUCAUCAGCUGUACCUGGCAGGCACCAUAUUCAUGUCAACUCUCAGCAUGCAGUGCCAUCGAUUCAGGUCCCAGGCCCUGCACUCCGUCAGCCGUUGGCUGGAAUUGACGUUCAAGCAUUAAGUCAGGCACACAAUGCAUUGAAACCGCCUCACGUGUCAGGGAACGACAAGUACAUGAGAUGGAACACAAUUGAACGUGAUAAGGUAUUUUAUUAACGUUUGUAAGUCGCGUUCUCUCUGUAAAAGACUGCUUAUAAAGUAUUCAUAUUGUAGCCAAUAGACAGAUUUAGUAAAGACACGGUGACAGCGGCGUUACACCACCAGGGUCUACGUCCCCUACUCUUUUUGAACAGUGGAAAAGCUGUGAAGUGGGACUGACAGUUUCUCGGCGGACUGACUAAUGACAGAGUGGCAAGUUGUCCACGGGAAGUAGUGCUCAGUCCUUUCCGCGCGCUUUCGCGUUCCCAUUUUUCGUUGCUUGGUUUUUACACACUCUAUUUGCAGUUAGCCACUACUACACCUGGCGGAGGAUCAUGAGGUUAUUCCUAUAGUAAGAUCUCUAAUGACAAUUCACUCAGCCCAGGAAAGGUUGUUUACACCACCAGGGUCUACGUCCCCUACUCUUUCUGAACAGUGGAAAAGCUGUGAGGUGGGACUGACAGUUUCUCGUCCUUAUCCGAGAAGAUUAGAAAGUCUAACCGUUGUGCAAAUGUCAUUACAAAGGCAGCACUUUUCUCUCAGUUAUUAAAAGACCUGAGUGUUGGUCCGGCUGGGUAUUAAAUCCCCGACCCCCUCUUAGAAGACUGGCGCUCUCCCAGCUGAGCUAACCAGGCGGCGGUUUGCUCAGUAAUCUCUUUUGCUAAAUCUGCCUUUGUAGUGGGACGUUCUUUUAACUUUGUGGUAGAAUUUUAUUUUAUUUUUUAUUUUAGAGGACUACAACUGUGGAUAGUCGCUAUUGUACUUGCCCUGUUAAUAAUUGGCGUGGAAUGUUUUAGAGUCUGCUUGAUCUUUUUCGUUGUCGUCCUUGGCGAUUCGAAGAGCUUCUGAAACGCAGUUCCCAAUAAUGAUGAACCAAAUUUUCUGAGCGUUUAACUUCUUCAUUCUACAUAUUCAGUUGUAGAUUUUUAUCACCCUUUUAUUGUUUUUGAAUAGGAAAAUGCAGAUCUAAACGCUGUAUUGAAGCGUGAGCUUGCCGAAAAGUAUAGAAAUGCAGUUCCUGCUGACAUUUCCGAGUCAACAUUUGGUAAGUACUGUCAAGAAGGUUUUCACUUUGGUUUUCUCUGUGGAUUAUUAUUAUUUCAUGCAACUCGCUUUUAGAAUAAGCGCUUCAUAAUGGAUUCAGUGAAAAUCAACCAUUUGCAAAAAAUAAAAUAAAAAUGUGUUGAUUGCCGUAGAAAAUAAUGGAGCUGUAAACAGUUGAAAAAGAUUUUUCCUAAGGAUUCUGGUGAUCGAAGCUAGCCCUGUAAAGAUGAUGGUUAAGGAUUUUUUUACUUUCUGUUGGUCGCUUAACUGUAAUCUAGAACCAAGUUAGAAAUAUGGAACCUGGACUGAAAAUAUUUUUGUCUGUGUUACAGAACAGUCAUGGAAUACAACGACAGGAAGAUGAAUAGUGCACUAAAAUCAAGAAAUCGACGCUGGCUUGUGAUAAUUUAGGAUGUUUUAUUCAGACCCUAUGUAAUAUAUGUUUCUCUGCUAAGUGCCAUACUGGUUCUCCCAAACUUCAGUAUACCUGCCUUUAGUAAAAAUAAAAAUACGAGAACUCGCAUACGAGGAUUUUGGAUUGGC